ACGUAUGCAAUCAGGACUGAACUGUAAACUAUGCUUUCCAGUGUGUUCAUUUGUUAACAAUAGAUAUCUUGAAUACUAUGGAAGUAAUCUCGUGCCCAUUUUAAAUAUCAAACGACCACAUCUCUGCAGAACUGGUUACUUUGAGCAAUGCGAGCCUGUUGCCUUAAUGCCGUGUGCACUCCGAAGCGGAACGACCAGUCGUCGUACAGACGGAAAGUGAAACUACGCGCACAAAACUUCCUGGUGUGUACGGCCGUUUAGGCGAGAGUGUUAUCGAUCGAAGGCAGUUGAAGCUGGCCGAAGUCACGAAGACUACCUCUGGAUAUGACGUUGCAUGUGCUGUUCCUGAUGUGGAUGCCAUAGGCCUUCGUUUUUGUGUUUAAUAAACAAGGGGAAAAGUCACAAAUGGGGAUCUGUUGCUGUAAAGUGAAGUGUGAAAAACACGAAGAACAAAAAGGUUUGCUUGAAAAGACGAGCAAAGGCAGUGAAGAACCUGACAGGGAGAAAGCAUGUUCUAAGAAGGAAGAUGGAGGUCAAGCUGACUCAAAUGGUACCCAAGACAGCAGGAAAUUGGGAAGUGAGGCGCAGAUGGCAGUUGUGCCAGAAAUGCAGGUAAACCAAGAGGUGGGCAGUGAAGUUAAAAAUCUGGGGACAGCUGAGAACAAAUGCCCAGAAGACUGCUCCCCUAAAACUGAAGAUGGGCACACAACAUACCAGAGUCAGAAGACCAAUGAGAGGAAUUUAGAAGAUGAAAAGACAGGAAGUGGACAUGUAGUGUGUCCUGUCCUCAAAAUUGAGACUACACGUGUAGAAGACCUCCCUAAGCUAGAGAACCUGCAGGAUAAAACAACUACAAAAAAAGCUGAGAGUGAACUCUCUUCCUCCAAAUCUGAAAAUGCCCACAGAAUAGACUUUUCCCUGAAGAGUGAGUCUAUAGAGGUAGCAGACCCCUCUCUUAAGAGUGACUUUGAAGGAGGUGCAGAUCCCUCCCUUAGUAGUAAACCAAUAAAGGUAGAAUACCCCUCCUUAAAGGGUGAACUCACAGAGUUAGAAGAUCCAUCUCUCAAAUGUGAACCUGUAGAGUUAAAAGACCCCUCUCUCAAGAGUGAACACAUUGCGGUAGUUCAGCCUAAUUUUAACAGUGAGCCUGUUGAGGCAGUGGACCCCUCCCUUAAGAAUGAGCCUGUAGAGACAGUGGACCCCUCCAUUAAGAAUGAGCCUAAAGAGGUUGCGGACUCUUCCCUUAAAAAGCAGAUCAUAGAGGUAGUGGAACCCACCCUAAAAAGUCAGUCUUUACAGUCAGAGGAGCGCUUACCUGGGCCCCAGGACGUGAAGGCAGAAGACCCAACCCCUAAGGCUGUUGAUGGAGCUGCUGUAGGUCCUGAUACAGUGUUCCCCGAUGAAGCCUCCUCACUGACUGAUCAUAAACCUUGCUUGGGAAGUCUAUCCAGGCCAGCAGAUGAAGAAGCUGCAGAGAUGGUGAGUGGCACACUCAACCUGGAAGGAGAGUCUGAGCAUAAGGACCAUGCUAGUGAGGGUGAUGUUCCAGCAACUGUCAAAGAGACAUCAGAUGUGAAUGAAGACAACAACUCAUCCAGCCAAGCUAAAAAGCCCUCCGUUAUCGAUGAGCUCAUAACCAGAAAAAGUUGCACCACUGAGGAGGAGGAGGAGCCUGAGGAUCCAGAGGCUAAGAUGGUGGUACUGCAGGUAGUGCCAUCCCUACAGGGGAUUGCGCAAGAUGUAGAGGAGGAACUGGAGGUGGAAGUGAAGAAAGUUGAGGGAAUCGGGGGAGAGUCUGAUGAGAGAGAGGAGGAAGGGGACGCCUCCAAGACGACCGAGGCCGGUGGCAAGGGUAAAACGAUGGAGCGAAACAGUCCUACUGAAACCCAGGAAGAAAACGCAAGCCCGGGCAGCCCAUUGAUGGUUCAACUGAAAACUGAGCCAUUGUCAUCUGAACAUGGCAUUACCGUUGUGACGGAAGCAGAAAGUUUUGAGGACUUAUACCGUUCGGAAGAGGAUAUUAUCAAGGACAAUAGCGAGCAUGGAAAGAUGGAGCCACUGAUCCAGAUAACACUUCCCGGGGUUCAGGACAGGAGCAGUGUGGCGCCAGGGGUGAACAUUCUGUCCUACGGUCAAGGGGAGUGGAAGGGCAACACAGCCAAAAGUGCCCUCAUCAGAAAGGGGUACUCAGAGCUGUCACAGAGCUUUGAGGGCCUGCGAAGAGUCAGGGGUGAUAACUACUGUGCCCUGAGGGCUACCCUCUUCCAAGUCCUUAGUCAUAGUAACAAGCUUCCUGCCUGGAUUGAGGAUGGUGACAUCACACUGUUGCCAGAGAAGCUUGCAGCGGAGAUGGAGCCAGUUGAGAGCUGGAAGUUUCCCCUCGGGUGUAUUGAGGCAGGAGAAAAGGAGGGUGCCAUCGAGCAGCUGAAACGUCACCUGAGGCUCCUCCAGAAAACGUGGCGGGCAGUGGCCAAGGCGGACGGCGCGGAGGAGAGGCGGAGCCUGUGCGAGGCCAUGUUCCAGGGCGGGGAGGAGGAGCACGCCCUCCUGGAGGCCGUCAAGCUCCUGAUGCUGAGCUCUGCGGUGGAGCUGCACGCGAGCAUGGAGAGCGGCAAGGAUGUGCCCAUGUUCUGCCUGCUCCUGUUCGCCCGCGACGACUCCGACUGCCCCCGCACGUUCCUCACCAACCACCUGAGCCACGUCGGCUUCAGCGGCGGCCUGGAGCAGGUGGAGAUGUUUCUCCUGGGGUAUACUCUGCAGCACACUAUCCAGGUUUACCGGCUAUAUAAGACAGACACAGAGGAGUUCAUUACCUACUACCCCGAUGACCACAAGGAAGACUGGCCCCUGGUGUCUCUGGUCACUGAGGAUGACCGGCAUUACAAUGUCCUUGUGGGAAAAAACUGAAGGCGUUUGAUUCCCCAGAAGCCCCAUCAGAAGCCUAUUGACCAGACUAAUCUCAGUCUUUAAUUUGGUCAGUUAAAAACAUUUUUUUUUUUUACCUCUUUUUAUGUAAUUGUUUGCUGUAGUACAGUAAGGGAUGCAAUGUAUUAAAUUAAUGUAGUAAACUAAACAUGAAAAGCUAAUGAAUGCAUUUCUCGUUUUAAAAUUAACAGCUUGUUUUUCAAUUCUGGGAUUGCAAUUAUGUUUGGAAUCAAAACCAGCGUACACAGGGGGUCCCCAGGACAGUUUGGGAACCACUGGCCUAAAGAGCAUUCAACACUGUGAAGAUUUGUCUUGAACACCCCAAAAGUAUAUUUUACAGAAAAGAACAUCCAGUUUCUUCAUGGCUGGCCUGGUGUGGUACAGCAGCUUUGUAACACCUUUCUGAGCUUUCUUAGCUCAACAACACCAAUGCAGGCCUAAGAAAUGUUAGCAAGCUUAAGAACCAAUCAGACAUUUAAUUAUUGUAUAUCAUUGUGACUUGUUGAACCAGCUUAGCUUCAUGUUGUAAUGAUACAGAGCUGCAAGGCCUGCUCGAGGGCACCCUUCUGGAUCUGGAUUUCAGCAGUCCUGACGUGGUGGUUUGUAAAGCAGAUAAAUGAUGCGUCUCACAUCGCUAUCGCAGUGGGACACACAAGCUGAUAAUGUUCCAUCAUAGAGUCUGUGCCAUAAAAGGGUAGUUACUCACUGCAUUCUGCGAUUGGAGCAAUUCUCCUUUGGAAAAUGUGUUUUUUCCCCACUGAAUUUCGUAUACUGAAAUAACACAUUGGGUUACAUGUAAAGUUUCAAGAUUGGGAUAACAAAAGAAGUUGCUUGGUGAUUUGUUAAGGGCGAUGGUCCUGUUAGUGUGAUGUUCCUGUUUUCUCAUGUGACUGUUCAGAAUAUUGCCAAAGUGAUUUAGCUAAUGAAGGAAGCUGCUAAAAUGUAUGGUCUCUGUCCUGUGUGUGUAGAACAAACUCGGGUGUUUCUUCUGUUCUCACUGCACUAUUGAACAUUGUGUGCUGUGCUCUUCCUGCAGAAGUAAACCAAUGAAAUGUAUCUGAUGGUGUCCACCUAGUUUUUGGAUGAAGAGUGUAAUGCCUUGCUUGAUAGGUCUAAUAUACAGGUGUAUUAAAUGACUACUGCUUUUCAUGCACUGUUACCAAGAGUUCCCAGCAGUAUGGUAUCCAACAUCCACAAGAAGGUGCUCACAAAGUAUUUUCCUUCUAUAAUAUAUAUUGUAUAUAGUAGUUGAUGCUUUCUUGUUAUUUUCAACAAGUAUUAUAGAUGAUGUCAUUUAUUGUAGUGUAUUAGCACACAGAUAAGUCUUGGAGGGCCACAGUUUCUGCAUGUUUUUUGCUUUCCUUUUCAAUCAGCAGUCAAUGUAUAUCUUUGAGACGAGGCAUGUGGACUGUAAACAAUCUAUGACUCAAAGCAGGGGUGUCCAAUCUUAUCCAAAAAGGGCCAGUGUGGGUGCAGGUUUUUGUUUAAGCUCAGAACUAUGACACCUGAUUCUACUAAUUAACUAAUCAUGGUUUUCAAUCAAGACUUUGAUAAGUAGAAUCAGGUGUCAGAGAGCUGGGCAAAAACAAAAACCUGCACUAGGCCAGAUAAGAUUGGACAGUCCUGACUUAAAAGUCACUUUUCUGAAAAUGCACCAAAAAGCGGACACUGAGGCCUUGCAGAACUGGAAUCUGAACCCCCUGCAUUAACAUAUCUAUGUUAGGCAGUGGAGGCAUGUGAUGUAAAUCUUAGCCCACGUUUGAAAAGAAAGGAUUAAAUAAAAAAUGCAACAAUGAA